AUGGCCAGCCAAUGCGCGUCACAGGGCGGCCAAACUACAGGCUUGGCUGCAGUUGUCCGCUGUGGAGAAACUUUCGACUUCACCUUGCUUUUCGAACAAUCAAUUCUUGGAUUGAUCCCUGCGGCAGCCUUUAUUCUUGCAGGUACAUAUCGCAUUGUGAGAUUGACUGGCAAGAGUCACAAGACGGUAUCCAAUCCGAGCAGGUUUCUAAAGCUGAUUGUGGCUGCCGUCUUGGCAGGCAUUCAACUCGCAUUACUCGUCCUCUGGAGCAUUGAUACCGCAGGACAAACAAAGGCGUCCUUACCUCUCGCAGUUCUGGAUCUUAUUGUUGCAGCGCAAUUUCUGGCGCUAACAUGGAUGGAAGACACGAGGUCAGUGAGGCCGUCCUCACUUCUGAACACUUACCUCCUCUUCACGCUGUUGCUGGACCUGGCACAAGCCAGAACUCUAUGGUUGCGCAGGCUCAGUACCGCGAUUUCUGGUCUAUUCACCGCCAGAAUAGCUACUAAAGCGUCCCUUUUAGUCCUGGAAGCUCAAUCAAAGAGAAAUUACCUCAAAGCCGUAUACCAAGCUCUCCCACCCGAGUCGAUAGGCGGUAUCCUCAAUCGCAGUCUUCUGUGGUGGGUAAAUGGCUUAUUUCGGCGCGGAUUCCGGUCUCUAUUGACCAUCGAGGACCUCUACGUCUUGGAUAGGAGGCUCUCGUCUAUCCAUCUUCGUGCCAAGGUGCAAAAAGCAUGGGACGCCCGGAGGAAACCAGAGCGCCGAUUCGAAUUCCCGCUCGUCAUUUGCAAAGCGCUUUGGCGGCAACUUUUAUACGCCGCGGUGCCGCGUGUCUUUCUCAUCGGCUUUACUUUUGCUCAGCCAUUUCUUAUUUCGCGACUGCUCAAUUUCUUAGCAGGACCAGAUGACCAAAAGACUACGAAUGUAGGAUACGGGCUCAUCGCAGCAACGGCCCUGAUAUAUCUAGGCUUGGCGGUCUCUAGCCUCCACUACAACCAGAACAUCUACCGCUUUAUUACCAUGUUUCGCGGGGCGACAGUCUCUUGUAUCUACGAUCAUCUGCUCGUGCUGCCGGAUGCCACGUACGACAAGUCAGGCGCGCUGACAUUGAUGGAUACGGACGUCGAACGAAUUGCCCAAGUCCUUACCGAGUUGAAUGAGUGUUGGGCACGCUCGAUUGAAGUCAUUGUAGGCGUUACCCUCCUAGCCUUACAACUAGGCUGGGUUUGCGUUUUACCCAUCGUAGUGGUGAUUGCUUCUUUCUACGGCGGCGCACAUAUUUCCAAGAACAUCGGCAAACGUCAAAAAGUAUGGGUCGAUUCAGUACAGAAACGCAUUUCGAUCACCGCAAUCGAAGAGACGAGGAAAAUGGCCGCCUUUCGAUGGAGCAUCGUAUGGCAGAAUGUUGUGCAGAAUCUACCGUGGGCGUUGGCGCCUGCGCUCACUUUUACGGUCUACGUUGCGCAGGCUGUUGCACAGGGUAAGGAGUCUAUAGGCACGACGCAGGCUUUCACGAGUUUGGCAAUCAUUAACCUUCUUACGGAUCCGACUGCCAAGUUGGUGAGCGCUAUACCAUCUACUGCAUCUAGCGUUGGUUGCUUUGACCGGAUCCAGAAGUUCUUAGUUACGCCUCCGAGGGUUGACCAGCGAGUUGGUCUAUCUAGAGAUGGAGUAUCGCCAACCCAAACUGUCGAUUCAUCAAUGCACGGAAUAGAGUUGGAUGACAGGGCCACCAGUUCGAACUCACGAGAUGGUGCUGUAAUAAACGCUUCCAACAUCUCUAUCCGACCAAGUACAUCCUCAGAAAUCCUACUCAAUACUGUCAGCUUCUCCAUCCCACGACAUACCCUAACCAUGGUUGUCGGUCCUGUUGCUUCCGGUAAAACAACACUCUUCAAAGCCAUCUUGGGUGAGAUACCAUUCGAGGGUGAAGGACGGUUGAGCAUCACCGAUCAACGUAUUGCAUAUUGUUCUCAAGUUCCAUGGUUGCCAAACGGGAAUAUCCGAGACACUAUUUCUGGUCCAAUCAGCGAAAGUAACCCUUUCGAUGAGGCUUGGUACCAGAAAUGCCUUCAUGUUUGUGAUUUGCAACAUGAUAUCAGCCUUCUUUCUGAUGGCGACAAGACUCGGCUAGGCACGGCUGGCGCAGCGCUGAGUGGCGGGCAGAAACACCGCAUUGCUCUCGCUCGUGCUGUGUAUAGUCGAGCUAAAAUUCUGGUAUUGGAUGACGUCCUAGGCGCAUUAGAUGUUACUACGCAGAGAAAGGUCUUUCUUCGCUUGUUUGGCCAAGAUGGUCUUUUAAGGGGCAAUACAACUGUCCUGCUCUCCACCCACGCCGUUGAAUUCUUAAAAUAUGCCGACAAGACUCUCAUAGUGAAGGAUGGUUUGGUAAAAGAGAGCUGCAACGCCGAAAUAGUGGCCAAGAACAUCCUCAAAGUUGAAAGUCACGACGUUAGGGUUGCUAACAACACACCGGCUGAAACCGUAGAUGAAAUCUCAGAAAACGUGACAAAGGUAAACGAACUCGAAGAUUUAACUCGGUCGACGGGCGACUUGGCCGUCUAUAAAUAUUACUUUCGCCACGUGGGAUGGCUAUCUGGAAGCGCGUUCGUUGGCUUCGUCAUCAUUGAAGUUUUCGGCAUUAGUUUUGGUCAAAUAUGGCUGAAGUGGUGGACUGAAGCGGCUGGUGGCCAAAUGGCGCUUUAUAUGAGCAUAUAUCUCGCCCUGGCUGCAUUCGUGUCAAUCGGAAUGGGCGGCUACAUAUGGACUAUGCUCAUCCGAAUAUCGCCAUCCACUGCCCGCAAAUUUCACUCUAUCCUGCUGAACGUUGUCAUCAGGGCUCCACAGUCAUUCUUCACCAAAACCGACAGCGGCACCAUUCUGAAUCGAUUCAGUCAAGAUAUGACACUAAUCGAAAGCCAGCUUGCUACAGGAGUCCUCAUCACCGUAUCUAAUUUAUUCAUGGCAAUAGCCUCUGCUGCCCUCGUCGCAACAGGGUCAACCUACAUGGCAGCAAGUGUGCCAGUCCUCAUAAUUACAGUCUGGUCCCUGCAGCACGUAUACCUCCGCACGUCAAGACAGCUCCGCUUACUAGACAUCGAGGCCAAGAGUCCACUCUAUUCACAUUUCCUAGAGAGUCUAAGCGGGUUAAUCACCGUCAGAGCGUUCGGAUGGGAAGCGCAAUUCCAAAACAAGAAUGCAGCACUAUUGGAUAAUUCACAGCGACCUUACUAUCUGCUGUACUGUGUACAACGGUGGCUAACACUCGUACUGGAUCUGAUUGUUGGUGCGGAAGCAGUCCUGGUUGUUGGCCUGGCAGUUGGACUUCGACACUCGACAACUCCCGGCUUACUAGGUGUUUCUCUAAACAACAUUCUUUCAUUCAGCGCAUCUCUCUCCUCCCUCCUCUCAGGCUGGACAAUGCUAGAGACAUCCCUCGGUUCCAUCGCCAGGCUGAAAAGUUUCGAAAAGGCAGUCCAUCCCGAAGACAGACCCGAGGAGAAUCACAUCCCCCCGCCAAAUUGGCCAGAAACUGGAACCAUAGAGUUUCGAAACGUCACAGCAUCCCACAGCGGCAAAAGUUCCCUCAUAUCCACCAUCCUACGCCUCCUAGAACUCGACUCGGGAACCCUCCUCAUCAACGGCACAGACAUAACCACCAUCCCCCGAGAAAUAAUCCGCCAACGACUCAUCGUCGUGCCUCAAGACCCAGUCAUCCUAGCGGGCAGUCUACGACUCAACGUCGAUCCCGACACGCAAAGCACCGAUGCGAUCAUCAAAUCUACAUUAGAACGCGUAGGCCUCGCCGACCUUUUGAAAAGGAUACAAUUAGAUGAUGAGAUUGGUGCUUCGUCCUUAUCGCGCGGGGAACAGCAAUUGCUGGCUAUGGCGACGGCGCUGGUGAAGAGGCCCCAUGCCGGGAAGAUUGUGCUUCUUGAUGAGGCGACUAGUAAUUUGGAUGGGGAGAGAGAUGCUACUGUUCAGAAACUGCUGAGGGAGGAAUUCGGUGGGUGUACGAUGGUUGUUGUUGCGCAUCGAUUGGAUACUAUUUUGGAUUCUGAUGUUAUUGUUGUGAUGGAUGAGGGCCGGAUCGUGGAAGUGGGUGACCCGAGGGAAUUACUUUGUCGUAAAGGGUGGUUAUCUCGACUGGCAAGUGAUAGAAGCUAG